UCUGUGGUAUACGCGACAGGGGCGUACGGGCUGUCAAAAUUGUAUAGGUACCUAUCGAUUGUGCAAUAAAUUCGUAUUUUAUCAUGAUAAUUUAAUAAAGUGCGUUUGUUUUUUAUGUAGCCUUAAGUAGUCAAUGUUUAAUUAUAAAAUGAAGUGAGAUAUAUCUGUGGCAUCAGAAAUAUCGUGAAUGAAUUUAAUAAAAUCGUGAGCUCUUGGGUUUUUUCUUGUUUGUUGUGAAAACAAGAGAAACGAUGGUGGAGAACGGAGCCUCCAGUGGGGGUAGUGACAGUCCCAGUGCAACAUGUUCACGUUCAGGCUUACUGGAGACGCUAGUACGCGGCGUCUGGUAUCGCGUGCAUUGUACGCUGGAAGAGGAUUAUUUGAGCGUGUGUCUCGAUGAUGGGUACGAUGCGACGACCACGUUGAACGGCACCUUGAAUAACAACAAUGUGGAGACUCCAAACAGUGACUUCACGGAAGUUCCUGAAGCUAUUGCGAAUCAGAAACGUUUAGUACAAGUGGUGAAGUCAGACAAUAAUGGUUUGGGAAUAUCAAUAAAAGGUGGCAUAGAAAAUAAUAUGCCUAUACUGAUAUCGAAGAUAUUCAAGGGCAUGGCAGCUGAUCUUACAGAACAGUUAUAUGUUGGUGAUGCUAUACUAUCUGUGAAUGGUGAGGACCUGAAGGAUGCUACACAUGAGGAGGCAGUGAAAGCAUUGAAAAGAGCUGGGAAAAUGGUGCAGUUGGAAGUUAAGUACCUCCGUGAGGUGACUCCAUACUUCAGAAAGGCGUCAAUCAUUAGCGAAGUGGGAUGGGAGUUGCAGCGAGGUUUCAUGGCAGAUGUGCCACCUUCACCUCCAUCACCGCGUCGCCGGCGCGCUGACACUCGCUAUGUACCCUUGUUGAUGGCAUGCAUCGCCAAAAACUUACGUCAUCGAGAUCCAGAGGAGAGAACAAUCGAGAUUUACUCUCCGGACGGCGUGCACGCCCUAGCGUUGCGUGCGAGCAGCGCUCAGGGUGCGACCGGGUGGCACCGCGCCCUGCACGCCGCCGUGCGCCGCGCCGCGCGGGCCGCGCUCGCUCGGGCCAGGCCGCGGCUGCGACCGCUACUGGGGGACGUGCGGUACGCUGGCUGGCUGGCUAGGCGACCCCCACAGGAUCAUAUGAGUGCAUCUGGCGGUUCGGACAGCUCUGACGAAGCAGAUGGCUGGCAACCCACUUUUGUUGCGAUUACCGACCGCGAAAUUAGGUUGUACGAGGCGGCGCCCUGGUCUGGCGAGGCGUGGUGUGCCCCCGCGGAGUGCUUCGGUCUGGCAGCCACGCGCCUGGCGUGGUGGCGGCGCGCGGCGGGCGGGGCCGCAGCCCUAGGGCUCCGCGCCGGGACACCGGCCGGUCUCGCCGUGCGGGCGCUCAGGGCUGACACACCGCACGACCUGGCCGCCGUAGCCGGGGCACUAGUCGACGGAGCGCAUCACGCCGUGCGAGCCAUGCCCGAGUUUACUUUCCGCUGCCGUUUCCGCGGCGCGUGUGCGCGUCUGUCGCUGGGCGCGGGCGGCGUGUGCGUGUGGGAGGCGGCGGGGUCGCUGGGCCGCGGCGGGGCGCGCGCGCUCUACCGCCGCCCGCUGCACGCGCUGCGCGCCUCCGCAGACGACGACCGCUCCGCACUCUGGCUACACUUCGCUGAUGACGACACUGUCGAGCUGGACAUGGAGGGCAGCCCGAAGCCCGCGGUGUUCAUCCUGCACAACCUGCUGUCUGCGCGCGUGCACUCGCUGGGCGGGGCCGGGGGCGCGGAGCCGGCGUCGCCGCCGCUAUAGCCCGCGCCCGCGGCCGCGCCCGCCCAGCCCGGGCCAAUACACUACGCGGCCUAGUCUCACCUAAACCUUUCCUUAGGACUGUCGUCGCAUCUCUAUAUAGAUCGCGACUGUUAUCGUACUACACCCGUGAACGUGGCGGAAUGCUAAAUAUUUCAACCCGAAUGUUACCUUUUACAUUGGCAGCGAAGAAUUUUACUUCGAAUUUUUGUGUGAUUUUUCACAUGUAAAUCGUUACAUGAAAAUAAAUUUAAUGUGAGAAUGAACAUGAAUACACCACGAUUUGUAAUGUGAGUCAGCCGUAGGAUUCUUUGGAAUAUCUCUUGUAAUUGUAACUAUUACAUCACCCCUUGCUAGUGUUAUGUUAACUUGUAUAAGAGUAGUAGUCCCACAUAACAUCUUUCUCAUCGAAUCUCUUGUAACUGACGUAUCUGUGAUGUUAACAAUUUAUCAUGAUCCCUUCAUAUCUGACCCGUAUCAAUAGUAAUAUUUUGUAAACUUAUUUAGUGACUGACGUAGUUCAUAGAACUAUUUUACAAUGGAAGCCAGUGAUGAUUACAUAUUGAAAGCACCAUUUGUCUCACUAUUGAAGCCAGUCUCCCGCAGGACUUGUUAGUCCUGUUCCAAAUGUAACCAAUUCCGUAAGAAUGACUUGUACAGACACCGUAACUGUAAAUUGACAUUGCCAAAGAGUUGAAGACGUAACGUAACGUAACGGACAAUACAUGUGACAUUGGCUGUAGUAGUCUGUGUCGGCGGUCCGAGAGGGCGCGAGUGUUGCUGCUUCGCUUGUAUGUGGCUGUCAUUGUUCUUCCAAAGAUAUCAAUUUUAAAUGUUUGUUUUGUUUGAUGUUGUAGCUUAAUGUAGCGUAGAGAAAUGUAAUUAUCGUUUGAAUUGAUCAUAAUGAUGUAUUUUUAUAAUUUCCGUUGUAAAUAAAUAGGUAUACUGUUUUAUAAACGGUACAUUCCCAGAAUGUAGACGAUUACAUUUGCUUUAAUAUUUGUAGCGUUUAUCUGAAGUAAGGUUAAAUUAAGGUUCCAAUAAUAUAUGAUGUAUAUUGUGUAGUCACGUGUAACUUGUAAGGAGGGCAAUAUACGAGGUGAUAAAUAUUAUUUAUUUUGAUAUCGAAUCGUACAGCCUGCGUUGUUAUUGGAGGAGCCUCCAAUUUUUAUCCAAGUACUCAUUUAUGUACUGCAUUAUUAUGCACGUGAAUAUUUGUAAUCUCGGUAAAUUUAUCUCAAGAUAUUUACUUUGUGUAAUCUCAUAAACAUUCCUUAUUCGUGAUUACUUUUACAUUCUUAAAGGUAACUUUAUAAAAUAUGCUUAAUCGAUUUUUAUGAUAAGUACUUACUAAAACACUAAUUUGUAUUUCACUAAAUUACUAAACGAACACUUACUGUAACUCGGGAAACGAAUGUAUUUACUAAAUAUAUUGUAUUUGUUGUUUGAUUACUAUUGAGUAUCGAAUAUUAGGUUGUAAGCUGGGGAAGAGUUGUCUACUUUACGGGGAAGUUUAGUUGGAACCAUUGCAAGCACGAAUUAUUAUGAUCAGUGAUCAUGUUGGUUACUUAUUAUUUUCUAAGUGAAAGGAAAAUAACUCCGUAAAGUAAUCCACAUACAAUGCAAUUAUCUGAUCUAAGUUCUAUGAAACGACUUUAUAUAAUGACGUAGUUACCAUGAUUUUUAACUUAUUUAGGCACUGUCGGGAAUAUCUGUGCUAACAGUUUCCGUAUGUUAAAUUAACGCUAAGAUACUAAUCUUGUAAUCUCUUAGAAUUUCUACUGGUGACAUUCCUUCAUAUUAUGAUAUUAAACUUCCAUUGCGCGGGCGCAUAAAGCCGUCGCGUCGAAUAGACUGUAUAGAAGUAAUAUUGUCUACUGUGUUGUUAUUUGUGUGACGACAUAAUCUACCUAUAGGCGAGCCAAGUUGGAUCAGAUCGAUAGAAGCAAGAUAGAUUGGAACUUAGGAUUAUAAUUUUGGAUCAUUCUCAUUAACUCAGGUGAACGGUGACUUGUAGGCUCGCCUAGAAGCAUUAAAACCUUAUUAUUUUAACUGUAUCCCAAAUGAGUGAUUUUUAUAAUAAUUUUGUUAUUUAUUAAAUGUUUUAAUAUAUUUUUAAAUGAAUUCCAGUUAUUAAUAUUAUUGGUUUUGCAAGAUGUUCUGUUGUAAUGUUAUGUCCUAGUCUUGCACUAUAAGACUGAGUUUUAUUUUCAAAUUAUACGUAUAUUAUUGUGUUAUUGAUCAGUGACAUAGUAUUUCUACACUGUCUAUGCAAACUAGAUUAUGAGUCAUAAUAAAAUCAUAAAUAAUUAGGUAAACUGUAUUCUGUUGUAUUUAAGGCAAUUGUUAUUAUACAUUUGUGUGGGCUGAGUAUACGAACUACUGUUAUAGUGUAUAAUACUGUUAAAAGAAAAUAAAAACGAUUAAUGUAAUAUAAAACGUCUACUUUGUUGUUUUGUAAGUGUUGUAUUAGAAUAUAAGGAUGCAUUACAAUUAUAUGCAUUUAUUUCAAAACCAGUACCCUGAGUACAAAUUUGUUUUACGUUUAAAGUAAUCGAAACGAGAGCACGUUUGGCGCUUUGAUUGCCCGGCUCGAAAAAACCGACCAAUCAGCGCCGAACGCUCUCAAACGUAAAGCAAAACUUGUAUUAACACAAAGAUUUCUUCCAGAAUUACGUGAUUUGCGCAAAUAAUGUCACAGUUGUAGUUGUUUGCGCAAGUGGUUGCGCAACAUUUUAAAAGUCAUUAGUUUAUAGAAUGUGUAAGACGUGAUUAUAUCAAUUGAUUAUAAGUUGUUUAAAAGACAAAAAUAACGUGUUAUAUUCAACAGUAGUUCGUGUAAGUCCAUAUUCUUGCAACGCUAUAGUUGAUGUUUUAUUUUAUAAUUAAGGUUUUUCUAAAAUGUGUUUACCUUGCUAGUUGACUUGUUACUUACGACCCAUUGGUAGCUAUCAUAGCGUUCAUGAUCAUGUAGUAAGAUCUGUCAUUCUGUCAUGCAUUAAAACAACGAAGAAAAUA